UUGGGUACUCGUUUGAAAUUUAAAUUCAUCGUAUCAGGGAAUGAACCGAACAACAUGUUUACCUGUUUCUGUUCAUCAGCGAUAAAUCAUAAAUUUCUAUUAAAGGUGUCAUGAGUUCACAACUUUGACGUAAUAGGUACCUACCAAAAUCACACGCAUUCGCCCAUAAACAUUACUUACGUAGGGCACCAAGCCCGAAAACAUUAAACUUCGAUCUAGAUUGUUUAGUUUUCUUCCAUCAUAUCUCGAUCUAAUGCGCCACUGUGAACCACGAAAUGAGAACUGAAAAUGAAAAUCAGUUUUUAUACAUCCAAGUUUAUCAUUCUAUAUUACAGUUUCGCUGUGUACGCCAGUAAUUAUAAUGCUUUGAUAUUCGAUCGAAGUAGAAAAUUUCUCAUCGAAGUGCCGACAAGUAAAAUUCCAAAAGAUGCGAAAUCUGAGCUAUGGGCGUCAGCAUGUCCAGCCGAAGAUAAAGACGAAACUGACAAGAAAUUCAAUGAAGAAAAAUCAUUCUACAAAAAUGCCUUAUUUGUACGACAGAUUUACAGCGAAAUAAAUCAGCAAAAAUUCUCAGUGAACAUAUGCGAUAAGCCAUUCAAACUUUCAAUUGCUUCGUACGAUCAACGUUCGGUUUAUUAUGAAUUCGGUUACGAGAUUUACUUCAAUAAAUCGGAUGAAGCAAAAUUUACCCUUUCUGAUAAAUCGAUGUACAGCAAGUUCCAAGAUAUAAUGCAAUUGACAAGUUCACCGACGAAAUUAGGUAAAUUCGCAUUUAAUGCGGUCAAAUCUGGAUUCAAGUCAGUGUUAGGCAGAAAAAAAAUCAAGCAGGACAAAGAAAAGGGUUUCAUGUGGAUACCUGUAUUCAAAGUGAGAAUCAUGCACAGACAGCUUCGAAGAAUAAAAUACGAUAUUCGUAAAAACAAUAGACAGCCAAUGAUUCAAUGUGACGAUUACAGUUUGGGAAAAGAGAUGUUUUACAAUAUUGACGCUGACGAAUUCUAUUCGAGACAUGUUCAAAAAAAGAUAUUCCAAAAGGCUGAACUACCAACAGAUUCAGAAGUUGCAUGUGAAAAUAGAUACGAAUGUUUUGAAAAAUGGUCGCUAAUUCCGACAGACCAGUUUCAGUUUGGGUCUUCUACUCUUCCUACGUGUUCCAAUGUGACAACUAUACCAAUAUGGAGCAGAAUAAUGAGAGAUAUAUUGAAAAAAGUAGACAAUUUUUUAUACGCACUGUCCAGGGUAUCUGAAAAACCAUUACGUAUUAUCGCAGGAGUCCAUAAAUACCUUCUUCUACCAUCAAAAAAAGUAUGGCCACCAAAAAAGUUGAUAGCUCUGAAAAAAGACGGAUUCUCGCUAUUCGUACCAAAAAUAAUUUACAAAUUGGUCAAAUUCAAAUUGAAUAAUUUCUGUAAAGAUGAAGAUUCCGAGUGUUGGACUGGUGUUAUUAUAUUGAUCCAUAAUAAUCCAAAUUUCAAAGAGGAACAUCGAAUUUGCGAAGAUAAAACUGAAAAAUUGGGAUGGACAGAGAUCACAAUGUAUGAAACAGUAGACCUAUCUAGGAAUGGAGUUAAAUCUAAAGCCAAAUCUAAGUAUAUUUACGUUUGCGCAAUCAGACAAGAUAGCAUCGAGCGUGUUGGAUUAACGUAUAAUAGGAAGUUAUCCACUGGUGAAUUAUCAUUGAAGAAUUUCCCGGGCAAGCCAAAAAUUCUAAAAGAAUUGGAGAAGUUGUUUUCACUUGACGACGAAAAAGUGAUAGAACGGCCUUCCUUUGAUGAUGAGAAUUUUCAUAUCUAGAGUGAUGAAUUUUGUAACGCCGAGGUAGGAGAAGAAAGAGCUAGGUACUUAAAAACAGCUGUUAAAUCGGAGUACCUAAUCAAAAACUGCAGAAGUCAAUUAGGUAGUAAGACGACCACCCAUCAAUAGUAGGCCUUCAGAAACUGGCAGAUUGUAAUUUCAAUGAUAAGCCAUAUCUUGUUAUCAAUUUGUGAAUGCUAAAAUGAAAAUAAAUGUCUACUUCUCUAA